GUGUUCCGGUUUUUGAUCACAUCGGGAUGGUUUUGUGGCCAAUUGGCUUUGCUUUCGCUCUGCUCUGGUUAAUAAGACUUACUUUCACCCUUCUUUUUGUUGUCCCCGCAUUCGCCUGUCUUUCUAACGACACGAGUACAGAAGUAUGCGGUAACAGCGUCUUCACUCAGAGAAAAAAAGACGACAUCAACAUAGCAGGUACAUUCGUGGAAGCGGGAAACUCCAUUCUUAUCAUAUUGUUGAUAUUUUUGUGGGGAAACUUCAACGUCGCGAACUUUUUCCUAGCUACUCUUCGAUUGGCCGUAUUUUGGUAUUGGAUGGGUCUAUUCUGCGUUCAGAUUGUUUCGAUCAUCAAUACGGAUGUCCUACCCGGUGAAGGGAGCUGGAUCGCAAUUGGAGUGGGUCUAUUUCUUGAAUUCGCAACUUUAAUGUUGUUGUGUCUUGCGCUCAAAUUUGUUAAGAAAUCGAUCGUGAGUGCAUGGAUUUACAGAUCAACCAGUCAACGGUGGGCGAAAUUUUUCUAUUGCAUCUAUGUGUCGACUCUUUGGAUGUACUUACUGAGAAAUCUGGCGUUGGUAACCUAUGACAUGGCGUUGUUUGCGAUGAAUAUCAACAGUCACGCCAAAAGUAAACAGAUAGACCAUUUGACACGCAUCAUAAACAUUGCAACCAGGAGUAGCUUUGUGCAGUUUUUUUAUGCAGCCAUAUUUAGAAAUAUAAAACUGUCAAACGUGUGUGAGGAAGGUGGAAGAGUCGCACAAACUGGCCAAGGCCUUGUGGAUAGUCUGGACACAGUGUUGAAAUGGGAGCCAUCAAUAAAAUGAUUGUAAUGAGAGCUUAAAAUAUACAGACUGCGUUGAUGGACAGAUGACAGAUCAUGAGUUCUUUUUUGUAGCCUCGUAUAUCGGUCGAUAAUCAAUCGAUACAUCGAACGUCGGUCGGCCGACGUAUAAUCGAACUUACUCUCUCAACUGAACAGAUACUUUCAAUCUUAAGAUGAGUCGAGAGGGAUUUCCUUAGAAGGACUGGAGAUCAUACACCUCAGUUUUAAUUCUUUCUUGUCAAGUAAUAAGAAAAGGGGGUUUAAACUCACUUUUCUUAGCGUAACCACUAUGGUAAUUACUGAGAAAUCCUUACUCUAACUCUAUUCCUUAAGGCUAUCCCCAUUCCCCUCUCCAAAUGCUGAUUAUAGUGUAGUUUGUAAUAAAGUUCGGAUAUAACGCGG